CUCGUGCGAUUCGGUUCAGCUUCAGCGCUCUCUCUCUCUCUGUCUCUCAGUGUGCCUGUCUCAGACUGUCAGCUUUCAGGCAAAAGCAACAGCAGCAAAAGCAGCUUAAACACUAACAUAGUAGUCGAGCACUAGAGCAUCACAGCGACUGUGACAGUCAACGAUUUGAACGUGAAGCGGCAACAACAGCCAAGGAACAUCCAAGAGCCAAAAUCCAAAAAAAAAGCGCGUUUACGGUUAGAAUUUGAAAAGAAAUAUACACAUAUAUCAUAUAUAUAUAUAUACAUAUAUAUAACGUACAUAAAAGAAUUUCGUGGGUGCGUGUGUGUUUGUUUGAUUGUUCCUCUUUUCUUUUUUUUUUGCUGUGCCACAAAAGCCAAAAAGGUGUUUGCAUUCGACACUCGACGACAGUUUUGUGCCUAUUUCGAGUCGAAAGUUUUUGAAUUCCUCGUUUCAAAAAAGAAGAAAAAUAAAUAAAAAACCGAAAUAGAGAAUCGGGUGGAACCCAUCAAUUUCCUGCUUGGACCUGUCAGCAAUCUAAAAAGCUACCUGGGAUUAGCUGUGACACAUAAUCCGUAAAUAACAACAGCAAUAACAACAACAACAACUUCUAUAAUAACCGAAACGAGAACAAAAAAAGAAAACCCUAAAAAAAGAACGAAGACAAACGAAAGCAAAAGUCCAGAAGUUGAGUGUUGAACUGAAGCGAAGACAAGAUGCGUCGCUCCUCAUUCACGCCCGUGUUCAAUUUGAGCACUCAAGAGCCGUUGAUUGUCGUCGAGGAGUCGCAUGCCGCCGAGGAUGGUGACGAUCUGGAGGGCGCCGCCGGCGGGUGUGAUCCCACGGCGACCAAGCGGAGUAACAGCGAUGAUUCCGAGCCGGACUCACCGGUUAAUCCGUAUCUGCUCUGCCCCUUCCCCGACAUGCAGCAGCGACGCAAGCAUUCGUUGCCAUCGCUGCAAAUAACCGAGGGCAUUACCGCCAGCCAGGUGCGACGUCUAUCGGAGGUGGGCGGCGAGACGGGUGGCCUCAGUCCCAAGGAGGUUGAAUUUUUGGCCACGCUAUCGCAGAAGGCCAAUCCAACCGCAGGCGGUCGCCGGCAUUCGGUGGUCACCAUAUCGGCGGUGCCCCCAACGCUCUUCGGACGCAAUCGGCGUGAGUCCAUUUCCGCUGUUUCGUUCAGUGGCAGUCGUCGGGGCAGCGUCAUCGCUGGACCACCGUUGACCGAUCAUCGCGGCAGCAUUCACAACUUGCAGCUGGACAUUAUGGAUGGGAUUGUGCAGCAGCGCAAGACUCGCAGCGGCAGCGGCGUUUGGGCAGCACCCUUAAUCCAGGAGGCGGAUAGCAAUGUGCCCGUGCAGACAUAAGCGAUUGCAGCAGCAACAGCAACAGCAACAGAAGCGAGCACAAACCACAAGUAAUGGGCACACACACACACACACACAAGUAGAGAAAGAGGAAAAGGAAAGGAAACGGAAAUGGAUACACGCACAAGACAAAACACGGAUGGCGAAUUGACGAAUUGGCGAGAGCAGCUGGACGAAACAAGCGCAUGUUUAUUAACAUUUUCUUUUCUUUUCUUCUUUUCAUGGAUGCCUCAGCUCUUUUCCCUGCUCUCACUCACUCUCCCCCUCUCAAUCUCUUUUGUUUUUUGGCUUGGCAGCGACAACGCUUAAAAUAAACAAACAAACAAACAAACCGCAAUUGCAAAAAACCAAAAUGAAAAUGAAGUCGCGCGUCACCAAAAAAUGGUUGAAAUUGAAACAAGAGCGAUAAACAAAGACAGAGAAUGAACGCAAAAAGACAGAGGUAUAGAGAGAGAGGGUGGGAGAAGAGUGAGAGGAAUUCGCUGAAAUGAGCAACAGCGAAAAAGUAAAUAUAAACGAAAAAUGAUAACAGCAAUUUGCACACGUGCGAUAACAAAAAAAAAAAUACGGAAACCUAAUAAAAUUAAAUAAAUCCUCAACAAAUUUAGGCAAUUGAUUGAAAGCGAAUACAAAAGGAAAGAAACAAUUACAAGGUUUUGUGUUAAAUAGGAAAAUUCUAAUCAAACAUAAUUUACCAUCAAUUUUAUAAAGAUGACAAAACUUGUUCGUUAAAAAGAAAUAUUAAAACAUUAAUUUUACAUAAUUUAUAAUCAAAUUUUAAUACUCGAAAAGGUUUUGUGUUUCAUGGAAAUAUUAAACUCACAUAUUUUACAAUCAAUUUUGAGAGUCAAAAUUGUUUUGCCUUUAUUAUAAAUAUUGAAAGAGUAAUCUGACAUAUUUUAGAAUAAAUUUUAAGAGUCGAAAAGGUUUUGUGUUAAAUAUUAAUAUUCAAAAUGAAUUAACAACAAUUUUAAUAUGUUUGUGCUCUCAAUUAAAGUUUAAAUCCCAAACGAAGAGAAACUUUGCUUUGAUAUAUUUAAUUUGCGAAGCGACAAAAGUAUUUUAAUUGCAUUCGUUUGAUAUUUGGCAGGCAGAUAUAAGAGAACUAGAGAUGUGCGCUGAGGUAUCUGUGUAAUCAUCAAAUCGCGUAGCGAGGUUGCAUUUUUAAUAUGACAUUGCAGCUAAACAUAAAAUUUAUAUAUAGUUAUAUAUAGUCGUACAUAAUGAAUUGCAGCAACCUCGACGAGCAAAAACCCACACCAACAUGAAGGACAGAAUGGGUCAAGGACAUUUCUCUCUAUCACUAUCACACACACACACAUACACAGAUGCGUGCACGCACACUCACACAUUGUAAGACACACCCGCAAGGCUAUUGCAUUUAAUGGUGGUGCUGCUGCACGUGGUUGGCCCACAUGUCGUAUGAGUAAUAUGGCACAUAGUCUCAAUGUCAAUGCCAAUGCCACUGUCGCCACAUUUGAUGGCCAUUCGCUAUUUUCGCUGAUAAAAUCCAGCAAUCUCCUUCCUUACCUCCCUCCCUCCCUUCGCCUGUUGCUCUUCGGCAUGGCAAAGCACAAUGCGAGGCAGAAACUCAUCUUCGUUGUCGUCAUCGUCAUCGUCGUCGUAAAGCUAAUUUCGUGUGGGUCGUGUGACGUUAAUUGAAAUGUGUGUGUUAGUUUGCAUUGCUUAACUGACUAAUUACGACAAUCAAAAUGCAAUUCCAGUUAGCAAAUAUUCUCUCUCUAUCUCUCUCUCUCUCUCUCUCUCUCUGCGCUCGCGCGUGUCUGUGUGUGUGUCUCUGUCUUUAUAUGUGUGUGUUUUUGUGUUUAAAGAUUCAAAACCUGUCAAGCACUAAACACAUUUGUCUGCUGUUCGCUUGCAGCUCAUGAAACUGUUUAGUUACCGCCUCCGUCGAAGGUUUUUAAUGAUGCUCUUAUUUAAUUAUAUUUUUGUUGUAUUUAGGAAUAACAGUCUUAUAAUUUUAGAAUUGUGAUCUUAUAAUUUCUUAUAUUUCAUUGAAUUCUAGAAUUUAUUUCCAAAAAUUUCUUACACUUGCAGUUCAACAAAUAUUU